AUGUUCAGCCGACCCAGCACCAUCCGCGCGUUCAGCACCGUGGCGCCGCUCCGCAGCAAGAUCGGCGGCAUGCCGAUAUCGCUCCCGCCGACCGUAAAACUCACCAAGAUCGCGCCGACGCCGCGACCCGGUCGCAAGCAGGAUAUGGGGACGAUAAGCGUCGAAGGCCCGCUGGGCCUGCUAUCGCUGCAGGUGCCCGACUUCAUCAGUGUGGAAAUCGACACUGCGGCCGCCAAAGUGACGGUGACGCCGCAGGACGCGCGGGAGCGGCUGCAGCGCGAGCGCUGGGGCACCGUGCGCGCCAUGCUGCAGAACCACAUCACCGGCGUGUCGGAGGGCCACGUCGCGAUCUUGCGGUUGGUCGGUGUCGGGUACAGGGCCAGCAUCGAGGAGAGACCCGUCAUCGGGAAGAUCGUCAAUUUGAAGGUCCAGUAUGCCCACCCGGUCGAAUUGCCAGUGCCCGUCGGUGUCACUGCCAGUACCCCCCAGCCAACGAGAAUCCUGCUCGAGGGUGCGAAUAAGGAGGUGGUUACACAGUUUGCCGCGGAGAUUAGGGCCUGGAGGAAACCCGAGCCGUACAAGGGAAAGGGUAUCUUCGUCAACAACGAGACAAUCAAGUUGAAGACGAGGAAGAUAAAAUAG